AUGGAUUUAAGCGACGAUCAAAUUCGCGCUCUACCGCACUCCGAACUCCUCACCUACUUCUAUCAAAUGAAAGAGGAAUACGUGGAUUUUCAGCAAAGUUCGCUGGAAAUGGAGAAAAUGAUGGAUUCGGAGUUGGAGGAAGUCAAGGGGAAUUUGAAGCGCGCUGAGAAUCGAUUGCACAUGUUGACGCAGGAAAAUGAGAGGAAUAAGGUGGGGAUUAUGAAUUUUCGAGAAAAAUACACCGAAAAGCUUGAAAAAUGCAUGAAACACGUGGAAAUUCAGCCUUAAAUUGGGCCUUAGAGUCUGAAAUUAGACUUUAGUGCCUUAUAUUAGGUCUUAGAGCCUUCAAAAAGACUUCAAAGCUUUAAAAAUGGCCUUAGAGCCUUAAAUUAGGUCUAAGAGCCUCUAAAAAAGCUCUAAACCAUGAGUUUUGACCAAACAUAGCUCAAUUUGCUUUAAAAAUCAUGAAAACCCAAGAUUCUGAUGAAUUCUUUCAAAAAUUCAAAUUUCCCCGCCAAAAAUUGAGAUGGACUAGUUUUGGAUUCCUAGGCCACCCCCCAAAAAUCGAUAAAAACCCAAGAUUCUGAUGAAUUCCAUCAAAAAUCCAUUGAAAUUCAAAUUUUUCCCCCGAAAAUUGAGAGGGACUAGUUUUGGUUUCCUAGGCCACCCCUAAAAAUCGAUAAAAACCCAAGAUUUUGAUGAAUUCCAUCAAAAAUCAAUUGAAAUUCAAAUUUUUCCCCCGAAAAUUGAGAGGGACUAGUUUUGGUUUCCUAGGCCACCGCCUAAAAAUAUGUGUUUUUUUAAUUCAAAUUUUCUUCCAGUCCCGCCAAGACGAGUCUCGAACUCAAUGGUGUCAAGUCGAAGAGCAACUUCGCCGCGAAAAUGCCGAACUUCGUGAAACUUGCGAGCGCCAGAAGACGCAAAUCUGCCGACUCGAACAGAAAAAUGAUGUUUUGGAGGCGUCGGAGCGAAAUAAGGAAUUUAUGGCCGGAGAUUUGGGAAAACAGGUGAGAUUUUCGAAUUUUUCACGGGAUUUUAAGCUGGAAAGUGAACUUUCAACCUAAAAUGUCUGAAAUUUCAGCUCGAUCGUGCUUUUGAGAAAAUCGCCAUCCUCGAAUCGGAUUUGUACGAAAAACAGGUGGCACAGGAAGAGAUGCAGAGAUUACGGUAGGCGUGGCGGGACCCAAAGGCUUCUCAAAAAAAAAUUCAAAAUUUUUUUGUAGGAUCGAAGAAUUGCGCACUUCUGCCGAACGACCGCGUCUCGUUGUUGAACCAUUGAGAAAUGAAGCGUUGCCGGAUGAGCCGAGUCCGGGACCAUCGAAAUCCACGUCAACACAGGGUGAGCUAACGAUGCUCCGCGUUUACGCGAUCAAAAUUCAAUGAAAAUGAGGAAUUCUACGAUGCUUCGCGUUUCCACGCUCAAAUUUCAAUAAAAAUGAGGAAUUUUACGAUGCUCCGGGUUUACGCGCUCAAAAUACUUGAAAAAAUUAAUAUUUUACGAUGCUCCGCGUUUACACCUCUAAAAAUGGGAAAUUCUACGAUGCUCCGGGGUUACGCGAUCAAAAAUUCAAUAAAAAUAGAAAAUUCUACGAUGCUCCGGGUUUACGCGCUCAAAAUACUUGAAAAAAUUAAUAUUUUACGAUGCUACGGGUUUACACCUCUAAAUUCAAUAGAAAUGAGAAAUUCUACGAUGCUCCGGGGUUACGCGCUCAAAAUACUUGAAAAAACUAAUGAGGAAUUUUACGAUGCUCCGCGUUUACGCGAUCAAAUUUCAAUAAAAAUGAGGAAAUUUUACGAUGCUCCGGGGUUACGCGCUUUAAAAUGUUCAAAAAUCACAACGACACUCCAUGUUUACACUUCGUAAACACACGGAGUAUCGUUGCACUCUCGUAUAUGUCACUACAACACUCCGCAUUUACAGAUCACUCAAAUGAUAUUUGCAUGGAAGUUGAUGACGUGGAAGAACGUCUAGAACAAGUUCAAAUCAGCGGGAAGGUUGGCGCGAAAAUUUCAAAUUUUCAAAAUUCAUUUUUUUUUUUACAGCCAACCGGUCAAUCUUCUGUCAAUCUAAUUGUACGUAGUUUGAUCUCCAAAGUCGAACACCUCGAAACUGUGCUUUCAUCCAUAAAAUUGUCGACAAGUCGAGCUUGA